UUUACAAGACAAAAAAUUAAUUUGAUUAUGAAAUUCAUAAUUCGUCACCUUUUUUCUUUCUCUGAAAAAAUCAUUCGAAUCUACGUAUUUUUAAUUACCCGGUGACUGAUUUAACCUGAGGAAGAGGAAGCCACUACACCGUGUUUCAGCCACCGGAAAAUGGCGAAGAAUCGAGAUCAACACCGGUCAUCCCAGAGUUCCGGUCACCGGAAAAGCCAAAUCAACUCAUCCUCACAACAAGACCAGCUCACUCACUCAGCAUCACCUUCCGGUGCCAUCAAAAUCGUUGCCUUCUUCAUCAUAUCAUCGGUCAUCGCCGUCGUCGCCGCUUACCGGUUAAGACAAUCUUCUCCUUCGAAAAGCAACGAAUUUAAUGUGUAUCAACGUGGUCUUGUUACAACUGACACCAAUUACCAAGACAUUCUCACUGAGAAUGUGAAAGUAUCGGAAAAUGCAUUUACACGGCGUUAUGAUUAUCCCGUGCUUGGAUACGUUACUCCCUGGAAUUCUCAUGGUUAUGAAAUGGCGAAAAGGUUCAACUCUAAGUUUACACAUUUGUCACCUGUCUGGUAUGAUUUAAAGAGCCAACAGACUGACUUAGUUCUGGAGGGGAGACAUAAUGCUGACAGAGGAUGGAUCUCGGAGCUUAAAAAGACGGGAGAAGCUUUGAUCUUGCCUAGAGUUGUUCUGGAAGCAUCACCAGAAGAACUGUUGAGAAAGAAGAAACAUAGGAACAAAGCCAUUGACCUUAUAGUGACAGAGUGCAAGGAAAUGGGGUAUGAUGGUGUUGUCCUGGAAUCUUGGUCAAGGUGGGCAGCUUAUGGUAUCUUGCGUGAUCCAAGCAUGCGGAAUUUGGCUUUGCAGUUUGUAAAACAGCUUGGAGAUGCACUGCAUUCUGUAAGCUCAGAAAAUACUAGUGGACAGAAGUUGCAGUUGGUCUAUGUUAUAGGUCCACCAUCUUCUGAGAAACUGCAAGCACAUGACUUUGGUCCAAAAGAUCUUGAGACUUUAAGUGAAGCUGUCGAUGGAUUCUCGUUAAUGACAUAUGACUUUUCUAAUCCUCACAACCCUGGUCCGAAUGCACCUUUGAAAUGGAUUCAAAUUAUUCUGCAGAUUCUUCUUGGUGGUGCCUCUGCCAAUAGUGCCCAAAACAUUGCCCCCAAGAUAUUUCUUGGCAUCAACUUCUAUGGAAAUGAUUUCUCCCUUUCAAAGGAUUCAGGUGGUGGAGCUAUUAUUGGGAGAGAUUACCUGGCACUUUUGGAGAAGCACAGACCUGUUCUGCAGUGGGAUAAGAACAGUGGGGAGCAUGUUUUCUUUUACACUGAUGACAAGAAUAUCAAGCAUGCGGUAUUCUAUCCAUCUUUAAAGUCAAUUUCCUUGCGAUUAGAAGAAGCCCGUACAUGGGGAUGUGGCAUCUCGAUAUGGGAAAUUGGUCAAGGUUUGGAUUAUUUUUUUUACCUUCUGUAGAAGCCUGUAUGUGUACUAUUUAUGUCCCGUGUUAAUGUUUAUUCAUACAUGUACUCAUUCUGUAUUGAGUACAAUUGAAAUUGACGUUUGUCAUAAUGGAAAUUUAUUUUAGGCUUAAAUAUAUUUGAAGUCCCUGCAAACAUGUCACUCUGUGCUUUUAGUAGUCCCUGCAAAGUCUGAACUGUCUGAAAUUAAUCUCCCCUGUUAACUGGGACUGAGCUUGCAAUGAUGUGGCAGAUGGAGUGCCACUUCAUCAAGGCCACAUAGGAUAAGUCAGCCCACGUGUCAUGGGCGGCUGUCAUCUAGGUGCCACGUCAGUUUUAUGAUAUAUCUGGACUGGUUUUUGUGGUUUUAUUGUGCUCCUGGUUUUUCAUUUUGA